UUAAGCUCUAAUGCCUAGUGCAGCUCCUGUGAGUUUAGUCAUUAAUGUAUGGCUGGAGGUGCGGAUUUGACAGUCCCUUCUGUUGGUUCCAAAGGUGCAAUGGAUCCAAGCCAGGAAUCAAACAAGGGUAAUUACCACCGGUCGAGCAUUGAGGCAAUCCUUGUGGCUCCUAAAUUGCCAAAGGCAGUGCCACCGGAUUCGUCAGUACCUGAGGGGGAGACUAUCAGGCGGCCUCGCGGCAGGCCUGCAGGCUCCAAAAAUAAGCCAAAACCACCCAUUAUUGUGACUCGAGAUAGUGCAAAUGCACUAAGGGCUCAUGCAAUGGAGGUUAGCUCAGGCUGUGAUGUGAGUGAGAGCUUGGCUAACUUUGCAAGGAGGAAACAGCGUGGAAUAUGUGUACUUAGUGGGAAUGGCUGCGUAACCAAUGUCACCUUACGGCAACCGGCCUCAUCAGGGGCCAUUGUGACCCUUCAUGGCCGGUUCGAGAUACUCUCAUUGCUUGGAUCAAUAUUGCCACCGCCUGCUCCACCAGGGAUUACAGGGCUAACUAUUUACUUAGCAGGGGCUCAAGGACAGGUUGUGGGUGGGGAAGUGGUUGGUGCGCUCAUUGCAUCUGGCCCUGUUGUGAUCAUGGCUGCAUCUUUCAUGAAUGCUACUUUCGAUCGCUUGCCAUUGGAUGAGGAUGAAAUUACUACAGCUAUGCAGAAUCAGCAUUACCAAAAUGGCCGUCACCACCUCCACCACCUGGACAUUUCAGAUCUGUAUGGAGUGCCACAAAACUUGCUCACUAAUGGCACGGCACCCCCAGAGAUGUACUCGUGGGCACCGGGACGAACCAUGACAAAAUCCUAACCUAUUUAUCUGCAAAUCAACAGUAUAAGCAUCUCAUAACAGGUCUCAGGGUGGCUCAAUGUUGUGCCAUUUUCACUAGCAUUGUUGGACGUCACUGAGGAACAUUAUCUAUUAAUCUUUGUAGCUUUUAGCAUGGAAAUCCAUGGAAGCAUAUUUUUAUUUUUACAAUCAUCAAGAUAGUUGCUCCGCAGAAAGUAGUUGUACUGUUGUUGCUUAUCAGUUUCAGAACCUAUACUGUUGCUUUUAUUCA